UAUCCAUCAAGUGGGUCACAGCACUUCGCACACCCAUCACAUAAAAAAAUGCGGUACCACACCGACAGGGCAACGCGUCCCCUCCUCGUCGCCCUCUUCACCUUGCUUCACUUCACCCUCGUCACCGCCCAACCCGCUCCCUCCGACACCCCCUCCCCAACCCCUUCAACCGUCCCCAUCCGCCUCCCACCCAUCCGCGGCGGCCCAGGCGGCGUCGUCAUCGGCCUCCCCGCCGCCAUCGAGCAUCGCCGCAACAACAUCGAUGCUCGCGAAGACAACCCGUCGCCCCCCAUCGCGGCUCCCGUGGCAGCCCAGACAACAAAACCAACAAACAACUUCCUCCCGAUCCGCAUCGGCCCGAUUAGUAUCCCUGUCAUCACUAUCGGCGGGAUCGGGGUCGUACCACGAGACGCGAAACCUGACCCCAACCCAGGACAAAACCGGAGAGAGAACUUUCGUCCGCGUCGAAGGCUGCAGGCGCGGAAGGACCCUGUUGACGACUUUGAGGUGGAGGUUGAGGAGGAUGAUGUGAGGCUGCCGGGAGUGCAGCCGCAUACGGGUAUGGAUGAUGCGCCGGUGGGUGGACGUGUAAAGGGCCCGAAGAAGGCUGGAGUGCCUCCGCCUGCGAAACUUGAUGAUGGUCCGGGACUAGGAAAUGUCCCUGGUAAGAAACAUCAUGGGAAAGUCAUCGGCGAUGACGACAACGAAAUCAAGGUUGAUGAUGAUAAGCCCAUCAAUGCACCUAGGCCCGUUGAGGCACCACUCGUCGACGAUAAACCCAUUGAAGACACAGAUCAUAGCCAGCGACUUGAUGACGAUACCGAUGAACCCAACGACAACAUCAAAUCCGAUGACGACCGCAUAAACGACGUCGUUGAAAGCCCAGCAGCGCCUUCACCCGCACCUCCCACUUUGCCCGACCCGUCCACAAUCCCAACCGCGGCGCAAGCCACCGCUCCUCCCGUCCUCAACAUCCCAGCCGUAGCACCAAUUAAUCUCGACAUCAACGUCGAAGCUCCGUCAGUCGACCCGCUCACCGCUGCAGUCGCAUCGCCUUCACCAUCAGCAGCCACCGCCGCAGUCGAUGACGUAACGCUGGACUCGGACACGGAUCUAAACUCGGACUACGAACCGCCCUUCCCCUCCCUAGAGCCCUGGCCGUCUCCGGAAGCGGAACCGACCACCGAACGCACGCUGGAUUACCUCCUUACGCGUACGGCACCGGCACCCGCGGCGCAGUUUACGGUUGAUGUUGUGGAGCAGAAGCACGAGGAGGUGGUGGAUGUGCUGCCGACGGGUGUCGUCGCUGCGGUUCAGGCGACGCAGGCUGCGGAUGAGACGAUUGAGGACGAGGAAGAGAACGCGGCACCGACGGCCUCACCAGCCUCGGACCUAAAAUCCACAAUCCCCACCCGACUCCCCAUCGCCUCACCCUCCGCGUCGCCAGCAGCCCUCCCAGCCUUCCUUGGUGCGCAAGAAGACAAGAUCCUCAUCGCCGCAGACGACGGCGCAACCACGGCCCCGGGGGCAGGCAUAACACCCGACGAAAGGACAACAACUCACGUAUCGCAACUCAUCGGGUUCGUCGUCUGCGCCGUCAUCGUAGCUGGCGUCAGCGUGUUUGUUGUUAGGUGGUGGAGACUGAGGUCCGCCCGCCGCUUCCGCCGCCUUCCCACAACCACCCUCCCGCACCCUUACGCCCCAACCUCCACCGACACCUCAACGCCCACGACCUCAUUCCACACGCCCAGCGACCCUUGGUCUCGCGACCCGUGGGCUCAGCCGCCCCCGAUGAUGAGGCCGGUAGAGCCGAGUGAGUGGGAUCAUGCGGAGAUUAGCGUGCCGAGACGAUGAGGAGCCGACAUGGGGGCAUUAUUGGGGGGGGGGGGAUGUGCAUAUGAGGCCGACCCCUUUUUGCGUGUAUAUUUGUGGCUGUUGUUUGUCUUUGUGCAUAGUGUACUUUUCUGUGUUUUGGCGGACGGUUUUCUUUGUGUUUGUGUAUUUGCUUUGCUUUUUCUUGAUGUAGCAUCUUUCCUCUGUGUUGUGCACAUGCUCAUGUACCGAAAUGUUUAUGGACUUUAUACGAUUCAAAUAUCUCCAUUCCACUCGGGAUGAUUAUCGCUGCC